AUGUUCCGCCCCGACUUCUACUCCUCGCGCCAAGAAGCCGCCGUCCGAAAGUUCGCGCAUACCCUCUCCUCGACCGCCACGGGCCGUUUCUUUGUCCACAUCUGCCACGAGCUCGACGCCGGGAAGUCCCUGGACUGGGAGAAAGCCGCGGGGGAGCUCGGGACGACGUUCCGGGGGAUGCGGGCGCGGGCCGUGAGGCCCCUCGUGCCGCGGUACGCCGGGCUGGUCUACGACGGCUACGACGGAGCGGUCCGGCUCUUCACCGAGCCGGCCACAGACGACGAGGACCCGGUCCCCUUCACGCGCGACGGACGAGUCGAGUUCCGCGUUCAGGAUGAGAGCGAUCGCGCGAUCAUAUUGGAGUGGGCGGCGAGCUUGCCGGCGUGUGUGAGUCCUGCUGCUGCUUCUGGGGUGGGGCUAGAGACGAAGCUCGUGCUGGAUACGGGGACGGCGCCCACGGUGAGGCAUUUUGGGAGUCGCUGGGUUACCUGGUUUCAUUAUGCUGAAAGGGUUCCUGUCGCUGAUGGGGAGGUUGAGGAGGAGCCCUGAGGAGGAGGAGAGGUCGUCGAGCUCUUAGGGGGUCUGGG